AUGACCUCGUCCUCCCCGAAGAAACUCCGCAUCGGCGUCAUGCUCGAGGCCGUGCAGCUCUCCGACAUUCUCGGCAUCGACAUCCUCGGGAACCUGUCCAAGGACUACAUGUCCCAGGUCAAGGACCUCCAGCCGGCGUACGCCGCUUUCGAGUCUCACGCCAUCGACAUGGAGUUCUUCUACAUCGCCACCACCCUCGAGCCGGGGUUCAUGACGCCGGGCCUGCAUUUUGUGCCGACUGUCACCUACGAGGACUGUCCGCGCGAUCUAGACAUCGUCCUCAUCGGCGGCCCGCUGCUGAGCCACCGCCCGGAGCAGGCGGCUCGGUUCAUGAGGGAGGCGUGGCCCAAGACCAGGGUGUGGUUGACUACUUGUAUUGGGAGUAUGUGGUUGGCGAGUUCAGGGGUGCUGGAUGGAUUGAAGUGUACGACGAAUCGGGAGUGCUUGGGGUUGGCGAGGAAGAUGCAUCCUGAGGUGGAGUGGCUCGAUCAGAGGUGGGUCAUCCAGGAUAAGGUCUUUGAAGGGGAGAGUAAGGGGGAGUUGUGGACUGCGGGGGGUGCUGGUGCUGGGAUUCAUAUGGUUGCCACGUACUGCCUGGAAAACUUUGAUCGCAAGUUUGUCAAGACGCUUGCCCUGGGCCCUUUGGAGUUUCGGCUGGAUGGAAACGUGAGCCAGUUCUACCUGGCUUGAUGCUCUUGGGCGGAAUACGCAGACUACACUCCAGUACUGGAUCACGCCGUCAUUGUGGCUUU